AUGUCUCGUCCUGGGCCACCACCAGAUGCUCAGCACAGCAUGCCUAGCUUUGGUACGACGAGAGAGCGCGAAUUUUUCAAGUAUUUGCCGCCAAGCCACCGAGAUCUCCCGCAUGUCGGUCGUGAUACUCUCUCGAGCGACAUCAAAGCCACUUCGUCUUCAGAUUUGCCCCUGACGGCAUUUGCCCAGCUGGGUGCUUUGCGGCUAAACGCCCAACGUGCCAUGAUCUCGCUGUUUGGGCGUCAUGAACAAUUCAUCCUUUCCGAAGCGACUCGGACACUCAGCCUUCAGGAUGACGAUAAUUUCAUCAAUCAAGAUGAGCUGUGGCUGGGAGCCUGCACUAUGGCCUAUUCCCGUAGUUUUUGUAUGACAGUCGCAGAUGCUCCAGCAUCUGUAAAGCCCCCCGCGGAUCGGGUCCGCGUAGUGGCCGAUUUAACCCAGGAUGAGGCCUAUCGGAAUCAUCCAGAUGUCACUGGCUAUCCGAAUAUCCGCUUUUUGGCUUGUGCUUCGAUCAUUAGUCCGAAGGGCAUCGUGAUUGGCGCCUAUUCAAUUUUCGACGACAAACCUCGCGGCCCGUUGAGCCCAGACCAGACAAAGUUUCUGGCCGACAUGGCAGUCACGGUCAUGGAUUACCUAUGUGCCAACAGAUCGCGAAAUCAACAUCUUCGCGGGGAGCGCAUGAUUGUUGGAUUGGGGAGCUUUCUAGAGGGGAAAGGCAGUCUGCGCACCUCGUGGAUGGAUCAAACCGAGGAGCCUACGACGCCAGACCAGAACGAUGAUGUUGAAGGACGCGUCAAUGUCCAGCAACAGGAAAAGCAACGCUCCGACGAUACGGCUGCAGCACUGAAGAACGGUCGGAGCCAGCUGCCACUUCGCCUUAAGCGACCUCCGACCCUCAACGGCCAGAAAUCAUUCGCAUCUAGAGACCAAUUGCGGCUUUCUUCUUCUAGAUCCAGUCUACGGCGAGAUGCGAGUGACCAACCCAAGAUCAAUAGAGGAAAUGGAGCGACAGAUGCCUUCGAAAAGGACAACGGUAGACCGAUAUCAAAGAAGGAAAUAUACUCGAAGCAAAUCAAUGAGACACUUUCUCGGGCCGCCAACCUCGCCCGCGAAAGCCUCGAGGUCGAAGGAGUUGUUUUUUUCGAUGCCAAUUAUGUUUCCCAUGAGUCUUUGGUGAGUCACGAGAAGACUGAUAACGAGAGUUCUGUAGAUGGCUCUGCAAGCGAGGGGGAGAUCAUUCCUCCAAAAGGAUGCAAGCAGUCUGAACUAUCCAGGAUACUGGCCGAGAAUUCCGGCGAAGCCACGCUGAAUCCCUGUCGAAUCCUGGGAUUUGCUACUUCACAUGCGUCCAGCGUUAAUCAAGAGACUUCGGGUGAUCCCAAGAUUGCACUAUCGGAGUCCUUACUAGGGGGCUUCUUGCGUCGGCAUCCUGGUGGCCAAAUCUUCAACUUCGGGGAGGACGGAUCCAUCUCAUCCGACGAACCCAGCGACAACAUCUUCAAAGACUUUACCACGCGUGGUAGCAAGAAGUUCAAGAGAACACGAAAGUCAGUCUUGCGCCAGGAUGCCAUGGCGCUUUUGGCCUUGGCCCCUGGGUCUCGAAGCAUCAUCUUCUGGCCGGUGUGGGAUUCGCACAAAUCCAGAUGGUACGCGGGCAAAUUUGCAUGGACUAGGACUCCUCAGCGCGUGUUUACUUUUGAUGAUGAAAUGACGUUUUGUUCGACCCUCGGGAACAGCGUCAUGGCCGAAAUCCAUUGGCUGGGUGCGUUGUUGGAGGAGCGGGCCAAGUCAGAUCUCCUGGCUGGUAUUAGCCAUGAACUGCGCUCCCCUCUUCAUGGCAUCUUUGGCACGGUCGAGCUUUUGAAUGAUACCGCCAUGGAUGCUCUGCAACGGGGACUGGUGCAUACGAUUGCGUCCUGCGCGAACACCCUACUAGGCUCAAUCGAUCAACUGCUCAAAUUUGCUGGAAUAAACGAUCUUCACUUGUCCUACAAUAACUCCUCAUCGUCCAAUCAUUCUUCCGUCAAUCUCGACAGCGAUUUGGACAUUGCGGGUAUUGGCUCUGAUAUCAGAGUUCGGCUAGAUGUUACCGUGGAAGAAAUCGCCGAAACAGUCUUUGCGGGGUUCUCCUUCUAUAACACUCGCUUACCUCUUCGGAGUGUUAGUGGUAUCAGCUUUGAUCAACCGAGAUUUGAAUCCAGUCGGCGAGGACCAAAGCUGAUUCUUGACAUCGAUAGCACUUCAGACUGGGCAUUUGCGACUGACUCUGAUGCGUGGCGUGUCAUUCUCACAAACCUAGUGGGAAAUACGUUGAAAUACACACAAGAAGGUUACAUUCUUAUAUCGCUGAAGGUGGCACCAGUACUUCCCAAACAGAAUAGCACCCGAUCACAAUCUGCAGUUACCUUGACGGUCAAAGAUACAGGAUGCGGUAUGCAUCCAGAAUUCCUCCAAAACGGUUACUUCAAUGCUUUUUCGCAGGAAAACGAUCUCUCGCCUGGAAAUGGACUUGGCGCCAGCAUAGCUCGACGAUCGAUUGCGUCGCUAAACGGGGACAUUCAGAUGAGAUCUCAGAAGAAUAUCGGCACUGAAGCUGUGGUGUCCCUGACUCUUGACCAUGCCGAACCUGGUUUGGGCGACAACAUGGGCAGAAAUCCACUUGCGUCAACAAUAGAGCUAGUGCGCCACAAGACUAUUGGAAUAUUAGGACUGGGAUCUUCCGAAACGGACACUGUCUUGGCCUCAUCCCUGCAGAACGUUUGUGGUCGAUGGCUCCAGAUGGAUGCUCACUUGAUUGCGCCUUCAGACAUGCAGUUCCGUCAUUGCGAAUUCUAUAUUGCACCCUAUGAAUACCUAGACAUUGAUUAUCUGGAGAUCCAGCCUAUAGCUCCUGCUUUAGGUGCGAAAUUCACAUCACCUGUCAUUGUUAUUUGUCCGACCCCAAAGGUUGUGCAUUCACUUUUCAUGGCUUCCCAACAACGAAGGGACUCGGAUGUGCUCGAGUUCAUCGCCCAGCCAUGCGGGCCUCAUAAGCUGGCUAAAGUAUUGGAGAUAUGUAUUCAACGUCAGCAGCAACGCUUUGCGGCGAGCGAUCAUGUGAAGCAGGGGUCAGUUGCCUCAACGACCUCAGCUCUUGAUGAACUCGGAAAGCAGCCGCCUCAAUCGAAUGCAGGCCUGAACCAGAAGCCUAUGAUCAAAGCGACCAACAAAUCAGCGCCAGCGCUCAGACAGGAGGGUUCAGAGUUAACCAGGGAGCCAGAUCUUUCUCCAAAAGACAGCAGUUACUAUGACGGCAGUCACUUCCAAGUCUCGUCCCCCGCAGUCGUUCCCCCAGAGAAAAGCAAUCCUGCACAAGAGCAGGUCGGCCACCAAUCAUUGCCCCAGGAGGUAACCCCCACCGUCCUCUUGGUUGAUGAUAACGACAUCAACAUGAAGCUCCUGGUUGCCUUCAUGAAGAAGCUAGGCUAUAAUUACAUCGUCGCGCAGAACGGCCAAGAAGCCCUAGAUUCUUUCAAGGAGAAUGCUUCUCGAAUCAGCAUCAUCUUGAUGGGUAUUGACGCGUUUACAGAUAUCUCCAUGCCGGUCAUGGACGGGUUAGAAUCCACACGGCAAAUACGCGCCUUCGAGAAAAGCGUCGGGUCGUGCGAACGGGCCACAAUCGUCGCCCUGACUGGGGUUGCGCAAGCUGACGUCCAGCGGGAUGCAAUCGGUUCAGGAAUGGAUCUGUUUCUGGCUAAGCCAGUCCAGCUGAACACCAUCAAAAAUAUCCUCAAGAACGGCAUACAGCCUGGGAAAAGGGCCUAA